CCGGGAACGCGCACGGGCCGGUCUCUGCCCUAAUGCGGCGGCUGGCGGCGAGAGGCGCUGCAGGGGACGCGGGGGAAGUGGCGGCGCCGGCGACGGACAGCACGGACUGCGCCCAGGGCCGGAGCCCGCGCCCCCGGAGGUUGAUUGACUUAUGUGCAAUUUGGGACCCUGGAGCUUUCCUUCCCUCUGCAAGCUGGAAGAGCGCCUCUGGUAUUGCAAGAAGGAGGCUGAAUGAGGCAGAGACACUGAGCUCUGUCCGGCAGGCCCAGUUAGAGCGGCUGGAGGCGGCAAGACCCCGCAGGCCGGGGAGCAGGGAGCGGGGCCCCGUGCUGAGGAUGGCCAGGCAGCAGCCGCCGCCCUGGGUCCACGCAGCCGUCCUGCUCUGCCUCCUCUGCCUCAGUGGGGCCAUCGAGAUUCCUAUGGAUCCAAGCAUUCAGAAUGAGCUAUCCCAGCCCCCAACCAUCACCAAGCAGUCUGUGAAGGACCACAUCGUGGAUCCCCGCGACAACAUCUUGAUCGAGUGUGAAGCCAAGGGGAACCCUGCCCCCAGCUUCCACUGGACUCGAAACAGCCGGUAUUUCAACAUCGCCAAGGACCCUCGAGUGUCAAUGAGGAGGCGGUCUGGGACCCUCGUGAUCGACUUCCGCAGCGGGGGCCGGCCCGAGGAGUAUGAGGGGGAAUACCAGUGCUUCGCCCGCAACAAAUAUGGCACGGCCCUGUCCAACAGGAUCCGCCUGCAGGUGUCCAAGUCUCCCCUGUGGCCCAAGGAAAACCUAGACCCUGUCGUGGUUCAAGAAGGCGCUCCCUUGACGCUCCAGUGCAACCCCCCGCCCGGACUUCCAUCCCCAGUCAUCUUCUGGAUGAGCAGCUCCAUGGAGCCCAUCACCCAAGACAAGCGUGUCUCCCAGGGCCACAACGGCGACCUGUAUUUCUCUAACGUGAUGCUCCAGGACAUGCAGACGGACUACAGCUGCAACGCACGUUUCCACUUCACCCACACCAUCCAGCAGAAGAACGCCUUCACCCUCAAGGUCCUCACCAACAACCCCUAUAAUGACUCGUCCUUAAGAAACCACCCUGACAUGUAUAGUGCGCGAGGAGUUGCAGAAAGGACACCCAGCUUCAUGUACCCCCAGGGCACGGCGAGCAGUCAGAUGGUGCUGCGCGGCAUGGAUCUCCUGCUGGAGUGCAUCGCCUCCGGGGUCCCAACACCAGACAUCGCGUGGUACAAGAAGGGUGGGGACCUCCCCUCUGACAAGGCCAAGUUUGAGAACUUUAACAAGGCUCUGCGCAUCACCAACGUCUCCGAGGAAGACUCCGGGGAGUAUUUCUGCCUGGCCUCCAACAAGAUGGGCAGCACCCGGCACACGAUCUCGGUGAGAGUAAAGGCUGCUCCCUACUGGCUGGACGAACCCAAGAACCUUAUCCUGGCUCCUGGCGAGGAUGGGAGGCUGGUGUGUCGAGCCAAUGGGAACCCCAAGCCCACUGUCCAGUGGAUGAUAAAUGGGGAGCCUCUGCAGUCGGCACCACCCAACCCAAACCGUGAGGUGGCCGGGGACACCAUCAUCUUCCGGGACACCCAGAUCAGCAGCAGGGCGGUGUACCAGUGCAACACGUCCAACGAGCACGGCUACCUGCUGGCCAACGCCUUCGUCAGCGUGCUGGAUGUGCCACCCCGGAUGCUGUCACCCCGGAACCAGCUCAUUAGGGUGAUCCUGUACAACCGGACACGGCUGGACUGUCCGUUCUUUGGGUCCCCCAUCCCCACACUCCGAUGGUUUAAGAACGGGCAGGGGAGUAACCUGGAUGGUGGGAACUACCAUGUCUAUGAGAAUGGCAGUCUGGAAAUCAAGAUGAUCCGCAAAGAGGACCAAGGCAUCUACACCUGUGUUGCCACCAACAUCCUGGGCAAAGCUGAAAACCAGGUCCGCCUGGAGGUCAAAGACCCCACCAGGAUCUUCCGGAUGCCCGAGGACCAGGUGGCCAAACGGGGCACCACGGUGCAGCUGGAAUGUCGGGUGAAGCACGACCCCUCCCUGAAGCUCACGGUCUCCUGGCUAAAGGAUGAUGAGCCUCUCUACAUCGGAAACAGGAUGAAGAAGGAAGACGACUCCUUGACCAUCUUCGGUGUGGCCGAGCGGGACCAGGGCAGUUACACCUGUGUUGCCAGCACUGAGCUGGACCAGGACCUUGCCAAGGCCUACCUCACUGUGCUAGCUGAUCAGGCCACUCCAACUAACCAUUUGGCGGCCCUGCCCAAAGGACGGCCAGACCGACCCCGGGACCUGGAGCUCACAGACCUGGCCGAGAGGAGCGUGAGGCUGACCUGGAUCCCAGGGGAUGACAACAACAGCCCCAUCACAGACUACGUCGUCCAGUUCGAAGAGGACCAGUUCCAGCCUGGGGUCUGGCACGACCAUUCCAAGUUCCCGGGCAGUGUCAACUCUGCCGUCCUCCAGCUGUCCCCAUAUGUCAAUUACCAGUUCCGGGUCAUUGCCAUCAAUGAGGUGGGCAGCAGCCACCCCAGCCUCCCCUCCGAGCGCUACCGGACCAGCGGGGCGCCCCCUGAGUCCAAUCCUGCCGACGUGAAGGGAGAAGGCACCAGGAAGAACAACAUGGAGAUCACGUGGACGCCCAUGAACGCCACCUCCGCCUUUGGCCCCAACCUGCGCUACAUCGUCAAGUGGCGGAGGAGAGAAACUCGAGAGUCGUGGAACAAUGUCACAGUCUGGGGCUCCCGCUACGUGGUGGGGCAGACCCCCGUCUACGUGCCCUAUGAGAUCCGAGUCCAGGCCGAAAAUGACUUUGGAAAGGGCCCUGAGCCAGACACUGUCAUCGGUUACUCCGGGGAAGAUUAUCCCAGGGCUUCACCCACUGACGUUAAAAUCCGAGUCCUGAACAGCACGGCCAUCAGCCUGCAGUGGAACCGCGUCUACCCCGACACGGUGCAGGGCCAACUCAGGGAGUACCGAGCCUACUACUGGAGGGAGAGCAGCUUGCUGAAGAACCUGUGGGUGUCUCAGAAGAGGCAGCAAGCCAGCUUCCCUGGUGACCGCCCCCGUGGCGUGGUGUCCCGCCUCUUCCCCUACAGUAACUACAAGCUGGAGAUGGUCGUGGUCAAUGGGAGAGGCGAUGGGCCUCGCAGUGAGACCAAGGAGUUCACCACCCCGGAAGGAGUACCCAGUGCCCCCAGGCGUUUCCGAGUCCGGCAGCCCAACCUGGAGACAAUCAACCUGGAGUGGGAUCACCCGGAGCACCCCAACGGGAUCCUGAUCGGAUACACGCUCAAAUACGUGGCCUUUAAUGGAACCAAAUUAGGAAAGCAGAUAGUGGAAAACUUCUCUCCCAAUCAGACCAAGUUCACGAUGCAAAGAGCAGACCCUGUGUCGCGCUACCGCUUUACCCUCAGUGCCAGGACGCAGGUGGGCUCUGGGGAAGCUGUCACCGAGGAGUCACCAGCACCCCCAAAUGAAGCCACUCCAACAGCAGCUCCUCCCACGUGGCCCCCGACCACGGUGGGUGUGACAGGCGCUGUGAGCAGUACUGACGCUACUGCCCCCGCUGCCACCACCGAAGCCACAACAGUCCCCACCAUCCCAAGUGUCGCACCUACCACCGUGGCCACCACCACCGCUGCCACCACUACAACCACUGCCGCCACCACCGCAGAGAGGCCUCCCACCACCGCCUCCGGGACUAAGAUGCCCGAAUCUGCCCCCGACAGGCAGUCCAUAUGGAACGUCACGGUGCUCCCCAACAGUAAAUGGGCCAACAUCACCUGGAAGCACAAUUUCGGGCCCGGAACUGACUUUGUGGUUGAGUACAUCGACAGCAACCAUACGAAAAAAACUGUCCCUGUUAAGGCCCAGGCCCAGCCUAUACAGCUGACAGACCUCUAUCCCGGGAUGACUUACACCUUGCGCGUUUAUUCCCGGGACAACGAGGGCAUCAGCAGUACCAUCAUCACCUUUAUGACCAGUACAGCUUACACCAACAACCAGGCAGACAUCGCCACCCAGGGCUGGUUCAUUGGGCUCAUGUGUGCCAUCGCCCUCCUGGUGCUGAUCCUGCUCAUCGUCUGUUUCAUCAAGAGGAGUCGGGGCGGCAAGUACCCAGUGCGAGAGAAGAAGGAUGUUCCCCUGGGCCCCGAAGACCCCAAGGAAGAGGACGGCUCCUUUGACUACAGUGACGAGGACAACAAGCCCCUGCAGGGUAGCCAGACGUCCCUGGAUGGCACCAUCAAGCAGCAGGAGAGUGACGACAGCCUGGUGGACUAUGGCGAGGGUGGCGAGGGGCAGUUCAACGAGGACGGGUCCUUCAUCGGCCAGUACACGGUCAAAAAGGACAAGGAGGAGACAGAGGGCAAUGAAAGCUCGGAGGCCACGUCGCCUGUCAACGCCAUCUAUUCUCUGGCCUAACGGAGCCCCCUCGCCCAGGACACAGCCACUACUUUGCAAGUGGGAGGAGGGGAGAGGGGGAGAUGAAGCCACCGCAGACCUACCACACAGCCACCACCUCCUUCAGGGACAAGGGUACAACAAGGGGGUCUGCCAAGCUGUGAGGACCAGUGACGGCCCAGCCAACCCCAAGCCCCCUCCCGAUGACCGCCCCUGCACCCCCGGGGGUGCCACCGUGUGGAGGAGUCCUGGCUAAGCUCAGCUGGAGGGAGCCCAGCCCUUCCCUCAGCCCCACGGCCUCCUGGA